CAAAUGAAAAUCCGGAUCAAGAAAACAUUUCAAAUUGGAACCACACCGGUAUUUGUUCCUACGCCGGAGCUACAAACUUAGAUUGCAAAAACUUCAAGAAAACAAGAAGAUAUUGGAAGAGUUUUGCUAUAUGGUGCUCGUUAGCGGGGAGACUGGCCGCUCUCAAACGGCUCAAACGUACCUCGGACUCUCGUCCGGAGCUGGUUUACACGUUCAUCGAGCAGGCGGUGCAGCCGGGCGCGCAGGUGGCGCUCAAGUGCUCCGCCGUGGGGGAACCCCCGCCGCGAUUCCGAUGGACGCUCGACGGACAACCUAUACCUGCACAUCACGGGGCGACAAUCUCAGAGGGUCGCGAGGGCGGCGGCAUGGGCGGCAGUCUGGGCGGCGCGAACUACGUGCUGUCGACGCUCGCGCUGUCGGGCGCGCGCGUUGAGCACGGCGGCCGCUACGAGUGCCGCGCCACCAACGCGCACGGCUCAGUCGCGCACGCCGCCAGGCUUAACGUCUAUGGCCCACCGUACAUAAGAGCAAUGAACCCGGUGAAAGCGGUCGCUGGAACCGAAGUUACCAUUUGGUGUCCAUACUACGGCUUUCCUAUCGACUCGGUAAAAUGGGAGGGUGGUGCGGGGGCGGAUGUCCGCUACCAGCAGCGCGACGGGCAGCUGACCAUCGUCAACGUGGAUAAGACCAGGGACAAGGGCGGCUGGGUCUGCUCCGUGCUCACGCCGGGCGGCGAACUCGCCAGGCGCGAGGUCCAAAUAAACGUCGUCUCGCCGCCGGUGCUGUCGCCAAUAGUAUUCCCGCCCGGGUUGCGGUCAGGUGACCGCGCUCAGAUCACCUGCACUGUCACCUCGGGUGACAUGCCAGUCUACUUCUCCUGGCUCAAGGAUCAGAUGCCCAUCUCUAGUGUAUUACAGGUGGACGAGCGCGGCGCGGAGUUCUACAGCAUGCUAUUGUUCAAGUCGCUGACGGCGGCGCACAGCGGCGUGUACACGUGCGUCGUCACCAACACCGCCGGCAAGGCCAACACUUCCGCCGAGCUCGCUAUCAAAGUGCCGCCAUUUUGGCAAAUGGAACCAUCAGACGCGGCGGUGCUGCUGAACGGGUCGCUGACGGUGAGCUGCGAGGCGCGCGGACAUCCCGCGCCCGCCAUCUACUGGACCAAGUUCUCCGGCAGCACAGAGACGUCGCUGGGCGGGGUGUCAGACCCGGUUGUGCUGAACAACGGUUCCCUGCGCAUAGAGUCAGCACGCGCGGAGCACUCGGGGAAGUACAGGUGUCGCGCUGAGAACGGAGUGGCGCCGGCCUUGUCCAAGACGCUCAAUAUACAUGUUAAUGAACCAGCCCGUUUUGAGACGCCCUCGGUGAACAUAUCGGCGAAGCUGGGUGACACGGUGCGGCUGGCGUGCGUCGCGCGAGGGGACACGCCGCUGUCCAUGUCGUGGAGUCACUCAGGACGUGUACUACCCAAUUCUGACUACAGGAUGAGCAUAUCGGAGACUCGCAGCGCGGAGGGUUUGCGCAGCGAGCUGGUGAUAGAGCGCGCGGACCGCCGCGACUCGGGCGUGUACCGCUGUCAGGCAUCCAACCCCUACGGACGGUCGGAUCACUUCGUGCAUCUCGGUGUGCAAGAACCCCCCGAGCCUCCAGCGAACUUCCGCGUGCUAGACACCACAUCUCGGACCAUCCGUCUGGAGUGGCGGCGGCCGUACGACGGCAACUCGCCCGUGCUGGGCUACGUAGUCCAGUACAGGAAACACGACGCCACCAGCCCCGAAGCCUGGAGGGACGCUGAUACACAUAACGUGUCCGUGUCCGCGCACUCGCUUGAUUCAUAUACCGAGUCGGAGGGCACAACAAUCUCCGGGCUGGAACCGGCCACAGCGUACCUGGUGCGCGCGCGCACGGUAUCAGCUCAGUUCUCGUCGGCGCACACUCGCGCGCUGCUCGCACUCACCCGGCACGAGCCGCCUGCGCGCGCGCCGCUCGCUUUGCGGGUCUCAGCGCCUUCGCCCGCCGUGUUGCAGCUUGCUUGGCAGGCACCACCGACAUCCUCAUGGAACGGCGAGCUGCUGGGCUACACGGUGUGGUGGUGGCCGGCGGCGGAGGGCUCCCUCACCGGCGGCGCUAACGUCGGCAUGGAGUUCGCCACUGUGCGCGGACACAUCGCCAAGUAUACUAUCGAGGGGCUGGAACAUUAUACCCGGUACUCGGUGAGCGUGCGGGCGUUCAACAGCGCCGGGGCAGGACCCGCCACGGCUCCGGUCAACACGCUCACACUUGAGAGUGUGCCGUCGGAGGGUCCGCGCUCGCUGCGGUGCCGCGCGGUGUCGCCGCAGAGCCUCAAGGUGGAGUGGUCGCCGCCGCCGGCGCACGCGCACCACGGCGCGCUGCUCGGCUACAAAUUGCUCUACCGCCCCGAUCACACGCCUGAGUGGGUGGAGUGGGAGGCGCGCGGGGGCGGCGGAGGCGGGGAGGGCGCGGGGGCGGAGGUGAAGCGCGUGGCGAGUGUGGAGACGCUGCUACUAGCGUUGCGGCCGCACCGCAACUACACCGUGCAGGCGCUAGCGUACACUGCCGCCGGCGACGGCGUCCCCGCGCCGCCUGUGCGAUGCACCACGCAGCAGGACGUUCCUGGCCCUCCGGCUGCGGUGAAAGUGAUUGCGACAUCUGUGACGUCACUAGCUGUUAGCUGGCUCCCACCGAGCCGGCCCAACGGACCAAUCGUUUACUACACCGUGUUCUAUAGAGAACUUGGCAGGGAAAGACCACCUCAAACCACGACAGUUCAGGCAGAGGAUGGAGAAUCUCUAGUCGGUCUCGGAGGCUAUACUGAACUACGGUCUCUAUCAGAAGGAGCCACUUAUGAGGCGUGGGUCGCCGCCCAUUCCUCUGCUGGAGAGGGCGAACCGUCCGCACCACAACCUGCUACUACUUCUUCAAGAGCCCCAGUAAAGCUACUAUCAUUCGGCGUAUGGGUGCGUGUGCAGUGCGGGCGGGCGCUCCGCUUAGCGUGCACGUGGCGCGGUGACCCCGCCCCGCGUGCGCGCUGGUUGCGUGGCGACCGCCCUGUCACACACGAUCCUCGGACUUAUCUCACACCACAUGGACAUCUCACUAUACAUGAAGUGGAUGCAUCAACAAGCGGAAACUAUACGUGCUCAGCGCGAAAUGCGUUCAGUUCGGAGGAGGCGCGAUUUCGCGUGGAGUGCGCAGCGCCGCCGUCAGCGCCCGCGCUCGCUGCACGACGCAUCACGCACGCCGAAGCCGAAAUCACGUGGCGGUCUACACAUCACCCAUCCGCACCGCCUCAAGGCUUCACCAUUUGGUGGAUGCGCGUGCGCGAGGAAGGUGGUGAGAACGUGGACCCCAUGAGCUCUCGCGGUGAAGAGGAGCGGCGACUGGAGACGGGCGGGGAGGCGUCAAGCGCGGUGCUGCGCGCGCUGGCGUGCGGCGCCACGUACUCCGUGCGAGCGGUCGCGCACUCGCGCGCUGGUUCGUCACCGCCAUCCGCGCCGUUGUUGGUCAGGACGAAACCUCCAGUGCUAGUAUGGGAGGGUGGAGGAAAGGACGACGAGGAUAGCGAGAACGAAAUAAACGCCGGGCUGUGGAGCAACAGCAGCGCGGUGGCGCUGGACGCGCGGCGGGCGGUGCGGUGCGGCGCGCGCCUCGUCCGUCUGCAGUGGCGCCGCGCGGACUCGUCACGUGACAGCGCGCACGCGCACACUCUGUGGCGGGACGCUGAUCUCACGUCGCUACAUCAUCAUCGAGAGAUAGUGAUUGGCGGAUUAUCCGUGAGCACGUGGUACGCACUGAAGCUGUGGACCGCCACGGAGACGGGGCGGCACCAAGCUGUCAUCUAUGCGGCCACAACCACACCAUCUGGAGAGCGUCUGCGGCGGCCGGUGGCGUUCCAGGCGGAGGGCGGCGCGGGCCCGGGGGCCGGGGCGGGCGCGGGGGGCGUGGUGGGCGCGGGGGAGGGGGCGGACCCCGUGCUCGGCGCCGUCUCCAUCGCCUUCGCAGGGCUGGCCCUAGCCGCCGUCACCGUGCUCAUACUCGUCAUCAUCGCUAAACGAAACUCGAUCCUCAUGUGCGGCGCUGACCUGGACACACGGCGCUGCAGCCACUCCGCGGCCAGCACGGACAAGUCGGUGUGCGCCGAGAGUCAGAACCUGCGGAACUGCCAGCACGACUACAAGCACAAGCUCUCGCCGCCCUCCGACGUGUACGAGAUAUCGCCGUACGCGACGUUCGCGGUGGGCGCGGAGGGCGGCGAGGGCGGGGAGGGCGGCGGCACGCUCGACCACACGCUGCAGUUCCGAACAUUCGGCCAUCGCGACAACGACGCGCCGCCGCACAGACCCUGCCGGCGACAUGGACCGAGGAGGACGCAUGUAGAGAAGCACCAUUCGGAGUGCGAGCUGCAGCAGCUGACGCGGUACGAGAAGGUGCAGCGGCGGCCCUGCGCCGGCACCUCCUACUGCGUGCCCAUGUCACACCACGGCGUCCCGAGCAGCGGCGGCGGCGGCAGCGGCGGCGGUCUGUCGGAAGUGUACGCGGGCGACUCGAGCGCCGAGUCCGGGCCGGGCUCGCUGUCGCCGCGCACGCACCAUGACCACAGCUAGCGCCGCGGCAACCACUACUCCUAGACGAAUACCACACCCCGGACUAAGUAACCAGGAUGGACUAGAAACUUAACUACAGCACUUUUUACCAAGAUACGAUCGUUGGCUACGAGAGUUGGCUACGCAGCUACGAGAGUUAGCUACGCAGCUACGAGAGUAGGCUACGCAGCUACGAGAGUUGGCUACGCAGCUACGAGAGUUGGCUACGCAGUUACGAGAGUUGGCUACGCAGCUACGAGAGUCGGCCACGUAGCUACGAAAAUUGGUUCUAUAGCUUGGCUACAUAAUUACGCACCACGACCACAGCUAGCACCUAGGCUUAACUCGCCUACUUCUAAUCGACGAACACCACCCCAGACUAAGUAGGUAUUAGUAUUAUGCCAUCUUAAGAGUCCGGGUGCCAUCGCAAUUCUCAUAC